AUGUCUGGAAAAGAUGCUCAAGGGGCCGGCAGCUCGUCAUUGCGAUGCAGCAAGCGAAUGCAUUUGUCCGGUUUGAAUGCCGAUCAAUGCUCUUUGAAAGACUUGGAGGAUCGAUUCGGAUCGUUUGGAUUAACAGUUACUGAAGUACAUAAUUGGCCUCCUUUGCCAAAUGCGGUCGAUCAACCGACUGAUUGGUGUUUUUUGACAUUGACUGGAGAAGAAAACAAGAUAAGAAGAGCGGUCGAUCUGUUGCAUGGUACAUUAUGGAAAGCGAAAAAGUUACGUAUCAGCAAGGCCAAAGAACGUGCUUGGCAAGCGACUGAUGCGAGUGCAGACAAGGAAAAAAAGAAGAAGAUCAAAAAGACAAAAGGAAUUGAAGGUGUUGAAAGUGAGACUCUGCAUACACCCAUCACUUCAAAAGAUGUCGAAAAGGGAGAGUGGGGCUGGAAAAAGACUCCUGCUGGACAUCUCAUUCGUCCCAUGCACAUGAGACCCGAUCAUCCACUUCCCAAACCUACAAUCGUAAAGGUGGAUGAAGAAACGAAAGAUCCAAAGAAGAAGAGAAGAAAGCAAGACACUGCUCCAAGACCGUUAAGUAGGGCAAAGAGAAUCACAAUUGAUCCAAGUAGAUAUGGUGCCAUUCAUUUGUCAAAAAUGAUGCUGGAAGAUCCAACCGUUGAGGCAGUACCCGGACAGGCCUGGUCGUUUGAAGAAGAUGAAAGCGAGGGAAAUGCGAUCUGGACUCUAAAAGAUGAGGAAGGAAAGGUGAUUCGGACUGAGCAAGUUGCUAUUCGACAUCCAAACGCAAACACAUACAGCACUUCAGAUGAUGAAUAUAGCGCAUCAAGUAGUAAGACAGACGAAGAGGAAGACGAUGAUGGCAUAUUUGACGAAAUUGACGCGGCCAUAGACCAAGCCUCGAAUAUCUCCGAUUCAGAGGAGGAAAAUGGUGUCGGUGAGAAGGAUGAUGUAGAGGAUGAGCCUGAAGAAAAUCUUCCAGCAAAGGCAGUUGGAGAAGAAGCGAUGCAAAUCACCUAUCCACAUUACGAUCCUGAUGAGGAAGAUGCAUUCUCGGACGGAUACCAAGAGAUGACCGCCGAGAAAUUCUCAGAAGGCAAGGUUGAUCAUGGCUUGGAAAGUAGAAAGCAAUUGGAUUUAUUGAGGCGAAUGUUCGGGGAGGAUGCUUUGCGAGCUGACCGACCAGAAAGAGCACAAGGGGUUACAUCCUUACUUGAUGAUGACGAUGAAAGCAAUGGAGAUGCAGCUGAGAAGCAAGAUACGCACAAUGAGAAUGACGAGUUGGAUCUGCAAGAGCAACCAUCUCAAUCGGCUCAGAGGGAUACAGUGCAAGAGUCGACAGAUACGGAGUCAGUUAGCUCAGAUUCAAGUGAAGAAGAAUCACAGCCAGAACCUGAACCUUCAAAGCCAGCAGAUAUCGAGAUGCAAGAUAUUCAAAAACCAGAAGAGGACCAACCUGCAAAAGAAGGCGACCGAGUGGAAAUGACGACAUUAACAGAUAUGUUCAGACCGAAAGAGGAUAAGGGUGGAUUUUCCAUCAUGGCCGACCUGGAUUUGGAUCUGGACGAAGAGUUCAAUUUUGAGCCUGACGUCGAGGAUGGUGAAGCUGAUGCUGUUCAAGACCUCAACACGAGAACACAAGACUUCACCCCGAGCUACACAACUCUUCCUCAAACUGUCAAGAAACAGGUUGCCGUCUUCCCCAGUCUAGAUGCUGAUGGCACCAUCCGUACAAAUGGAAAUGAUUUCAUUUCCACUUUGGCCCGUCAAUUGCGACAAAGAGACCCUUCUAUGACUGCCUUUUUCGACUUCGACGAUCCUGAAACGAUUUCACAAAAAUGGGAAGAACGUAAAUCCACUUUGACACAAGUAUGGAAACGUCGUCAUCGUGAAGCGCUGAAGAAGAAGAAGCGUAAGUAUACAGGUUCAAGGGCAGCAGGAACGGCUUUGCCAGGCAGACGUGUUAUGUAG